AUGCCUGGCGAGGAUGACUGCACUAAGUGCUACUCAGACCAAUGCCCAAAGUGUUAUGGAUACUCUCAAAAUAUGUGCUCAAAAUGUACAAGUGGAAAGGAGCCAUCUUGUUGUGACUGAUUAGCAAGUUCUUGCUCUUCAACUUUUAAUAGUAUUACCUGCAGUAUAGGUACAGUUCUCAUUAAUGAAGUUUGCUUGUAUGCAAUCCCAUAUGGCUUUGUUAAUAAUUUGCCAGUAAAUACUCCUGUUAUUAAUGCUGAUUUUACUAAUAGCUUUGCAGGAAUUUACGAUAGCAUAUUGGUUACUGGAGAAAGUUCAUCUACCUAUAACUACUGAAACUCCCCUGAAAGCAUUGAUCCAUUACCUGCAAAACAGAGAGGGCUUUAUUUUAUCCCCAAUUCUUAUUUGAAAGCUACAAUAAAUCUUUAUCAUACAUUCACGAUUGGAGCAUGGGUUUAUCCCAUCAGUGGAUAUUAUAUAACAUAUACUGGGAAUCAGCUGAAAGUGCAUUCUAACGGGACAAUUGAGAUCUGCAUGCCAAAUUUUGCUGGAAGUAGCAAAACGUAUUCCACUUCAAUAUCGUCAAAUCUUCAAAAAUGAAACUAUAUUUCCUAUUCAAUUGAAUACCGUUUUAAUGGAACUUCAUCAAUAUCUCCAUAUAUAGAAACUGACAUUACAAAUCCAUAUUUUGUGCAAGAAGGGAUUUUCAGACCUGAAGCAGGCGGAUCUCUUUAUCUUGGAUCAGCUGAUUUUAAUGGAUUUAUAAGUCUUUUUCAGUUGUGACAAAUCGCUAUUUCAAGUUUUCAGUCUUAUCGAGGUUAUUUCAAUAAUAAUGCAGGAGCAUUGGAUUUGUGAAGUUGUGAUUUUAAUUCCUUCUAUGAUGGAAGUUCUUUCAAAAAAUGUUUAGAUUCAUGCCAAAAUGGCUGCGUGAGAGCAGACUCAUGCAAUAUUUGUGAUAGCGAGCUCUGCUUGAAAUGCUCAUCAUUUGACUCUAAAUCUUGCUUUUUGUGUGUUGAAAAUCGAUUAGGUAAUUCUUGUUCUUUUUGCACAGAUCUUUUAUGUGAUACUUGCAAUAGUUCAUCAAAUGGAUGUAAAGCAUGCAAACCAAAUGCUUCAGUUCAAAAUAAUUCUUGUGCGUGUAAUAGUGGCUACAAUGGAACCACAGCGUGCAAAUAUGUCCCAUUUUCUGUCGAUCUCUUAAUUUUUUCUAAUGAUUCUUUAUCUCUUGAUUUCUCAGAUCCUUUGCAAUAUGCACUUUCAAAUGACAGUUUUAAAAUUUCUAUUGAGAAUGAUCCAAAAUUUAGCUGAAGCCUUGAACUGGUAAAUACAACCUACUACAGUAUUCAAACAAUAUUUAAUGAAAAAAUAGAAGAAUAUACAAUAAUAAAUAUCACAUUUUUUGAUUUGACAAAAGUAAAGUCAAUUUAUAAUGGGAUUUUGAGCUCCUCAACAAUUAGCUCUAGGCUUAAUAAAUAUGACCCAGCUUCUUAUAGCUUAGCUAUGACUGAAAUUACUUCACAAAUAUCUUCAGCUGUGCAAGGUGCAGUUAUUGGAUCUAUAGCUGCAUCAUUUGUAAAUCCAAAUCCAAGCUCACUAUGAAGCUUUUUAAGCUGCUUACAAAUUCUCAGUUAUUUAUCAUUAUCAGGAAUUCCUUUUUCAGAAAAAAUGAAUAAAUUCUUAUCAAAUUUAAAUUCAUUUAGCCUUUUUCCAAAUGUUUUUGAAUAUUUAAUAAAUGAAAAAGAGGGAAGCAAAGCUUAUGAUAAUGCUAUAAAUUUUGGAUACAAUACUGAUUUAAUCUUAUUAAACCAAGGUGAUGAUUUUUCUAUAGCAGCUGCCUCAGUACUUUUUAUUCCAUUAGUAUUAUAUUUAGCUAAUUGUUCUUACAGAAUGGUUGGAAAAAAAUUUCAAAAAAUGUACCAAAAUUAUAAAUAUGCUUUCUAUAUAAGAUUCUGGAUACAAUGCUUCCUUGAGCUUGGAACUGCUGCAUAUGUAGGGCUAAAAAUGUUCAAAAUCCAAAAUUUUACUCAAAUAACAAAUAUUAUUAUUUGCUUUGGGAUUAUUUCAUUAUAUACAGCUUCCCCUUUUGCAUUUUUUUGGUUUUCUUAUAGAAAUCGAGUAAAAAUUCAAUCAAAGUCUAAAACAUUCUUUUCACUAUUUGACUCCUUUUUUUAUGAAUUUCGGACUGAAAAAGGAUUUCUCUAUUCUCUUUACUAUUUUGUUUACUUCUUGAGGAGACUUAUAUACUCGACUAAUUUGGUGUUCCUGAGUGAUUACCCAAGGACGCAAGUUUCAAUAAAUAUUAUAUGCUCCUUGAUCAGUAUAUUUUAUUUAAUUGCGUAUUGGCCUUAUAAAGAUAAAAUUAUUCAGAUUUCGAAUUUAGCUAGUGAAAUUAUGAUCUCAAUAAUUAUGUGUGCAACUUCUUUUUAUUUAUUUGAUUUAAGCUCAAGCAUGAUAUCAGAUAUGGAAAACUUUAUAAUUUUCACAUCUAUAAUGGUAAUAGGGGUACAGUUUUGCACUUCAAUCUCGAUUUUUGCAAGAACUAUUUAUCAACUUUUUGGUGGUAAAUUAAAUCCAUAUGGAAAUUCUAAAUUAAAAGUUCACCCUAUUGAAGAGUUUUCAGAAACGAUUUAA